AUGGAAGUAGUUGUUGGCGUGAGUCCUAUUUUAGCGGUUGCUCCUCUUGGAGAUGAUGACGAGACAAAUUUUGAGUUGUUAGUUAAAUACUUAGGAGUGACUGAUGAAAAGGCUACUGAACAAUUGCACAAAUACAGUGAUGAGUAUGUGAGUUUGUCAUGGUUACGGGCACGAUUCUCCAAUGUUUCAGACACAGAUUCAGAGGAGUACGUCAUGUAUUCGGCCAGGGCAUAUUUGCUAUAUCUCUUGGGUUGCACUUUGUUUGUUGACAAGACUGGCACGAGAGUCCAAAUUGUGUACCUUAGACUACUUAGAAACCUUGAUAGUGUUGCUGGUUAUUCAUGGGGUUCUGGGUGCUUAGCAUGGUUGUAUAGACAAUUAGGCCAAGCUUCGAGGUCUAAGGUGAAGCAGAUUGCUGGGUACAUGACUUUGCUGGAGGCAUGGGUGUAUGAGCACAUGCAUGGUGUUGUUGUCCCUGAUCAUGACCUUGAUUAUUUAGAGGUCCAGCCUCGUGCACUUCGUUGGAUUCCACGUCGAGACAAUGGCACAACGUCGGUAGACGUGCAGAAGUAUAGACAACUGAAUAUCUACACAUAA